UGUUUUUCUGUAUGCUGGAGGAGAGCUGAAAUAGGUUUCGUUAAAAGAAGAGUCUCCAGAACUGACCCUGCAAGCUACAUUCCUUGCUGAAGGGCAUGUUUUUGGAAAAUCACUUACUUUUUAUUUCACCACCAACAAAAUUGCCUGUCACCAUUAAGGGGUGCAGAUGAAAUUUGAAAGAAUACCAGUUUUCUGCAUAAACCUCUGGAAGAGAAUCCAGCAUACUUGCUGUCAGUGGAGAUGCCAGGUUUAGUGUUGGGGAAAAGGUGGGCACCAGCAUCUCCAACUCCCAGGUAGUUGAUCUGAGAGAAACCAUUUAUGAAUGAUCAUUUCACUUAUGAUGGCAGACCAGCCACCUCCAUUAGAAGCCACACCUAUUUUGAAUGAAGUGCCACUUCUACCUCAUAUGGUCAAUGGGGACACCACACAACAGGUCAUCCUUGUGCAAGUAAACCCAGGAGAGACUUUCACAAUUAGAACUGAAGAUGGACAUAUCCAGUGUAUUCAAGGUCCAGCACAUGUUCCUAUGAUGUCACCAAAUGGUUCUGUCCCUCCAAUAUUUGUGCCUCCUGGCUAUGUAUCUCAGGUGGUCGAAGAGAAUGGAGUUCGGAAGGUCAUAGUUAUGCCACACUCUACUGAAUUCCACCCCUCCAUGCAUCCACCUCCUCCACAUGUGCCCCAUUAUAUUCACCCCCACCAUGCUUUGCUUCCCCAUCCACCUCAUCCUGUGUACCCUCCAGUUCCAGGAACAGGAGAAAUACCACCACAGUUCAUUCAUCAGCAUCCUCCACCACCACCAUCGCCACAUCUUUAUCAAGACCAAGAGUCCCGUUCCCAUGGCAGAGCAAAUUUUGUCCAGCGAGAUGAAAGGACUCUCAAAAUGCAGGAACAUUUGAAGAAGAGGCUAAAAGACCGGCAGGCGAGCGGACAUACCAAUAACAAGGCGAACAGCCCUCCUUCCUCACCUCACAAAGCUAACAGCUCCUCCAGCACCAAUGUUCAGAAUGGCUACGGAAAGGGGCAGCAAGGGAACAUAGGGCAAAUAAAACAGAAGCAUAUAGGAAAAACCCGGGGAAGCCCCAUCCCUUCAGCUGAUUCAGGAAUGGGAGAAUCUGAUACAGAGUCUAGAAAAUCUGAAGAGCUCUUAAGCUUCAAUAAGCCUACCGUCUCGGAUAUACAGGCGCGGUCAGCAGUUAUUUCUUGGAAUGCUCCAGUUGCGUCCCAGAAUGAAGAAAUGCAUAGUCUCACUCCCGAAGCGUUCACUUUUGAAGUAGCCGUCUCGAAUAGCGGUAAAAAUGGAAAAUUUAAAUCGGUUUACACUGGUGAGGAUGUAACUUUUACUCUACAUGAACUCAGACCAGCAACUGAUUAUCAUGUCAGAGUUUUGGCCUCAGGUCAUUCCACAAAGGAAUCUGUUUCAGAGCUGGUGAGUUUUACUACAGAGAGUUGUGAACCGGAUCCUCCAGCUGCACCGAAAGUAGUCAACAAAACCAAAAACAGCCUGACUUUACAGUGGAAGUCCCCCAAUGGCAAUGGGGCCAAAAAAACCAGCUACCUUUUUGAAUGGGGUGAGGGGAGGAACGGAGCAUUCAAGGAAUGCUACUACGGUCAUCUAAAGCAGCAUAAAGUCACCAAGCUGUCCCCCUCCACCAAAUACACAUUCAGACUGGCAGCCAAAAAUGACAUUGGCAUGAGUGGGUUUGGCGAGACGUUGGCAUGUUUCACAAUAGGAAUUGUCCCACCGCCCCCCCUACCACCCCAGCUAACUAAAGCAGGAGUGACAUGGUUGUCACUAAAAUGGGGGCCUCCAAAUGGCAUAUCUUCAGAUGACUCUCUGACGUACAUUUUAGAAAUGGAAGAAGAAGGUUCUGAUUAUGGCUUCCAAGCAGGGUACAAUGGAGAUGAACUUUCUUGCACUUUAAGUGACCUUAGAAGAAACACUUCCUAUAAAUUUAGGUUGUUUGCUCACAACACUGAAGGAAAAAGUGGCCCUAGUGAAGUUGUGGAGUACAGUACCAGCCCUGACAAACCUGGACCUCCUAGUAAACCAGCUGUAAAGGGAAAGAUCCAUUCCCAUAAUGUGAAAGUUACUUGGGAUCCACCAAAAGAUACUGGAGGAACAGAUAUUUCUACGUAUAUCUUAGAAAUUUCAGAAGCCUCUGCUGGCAGCAAAUGGGAAAUCGCCUAUAAAGGUCCCAUGAGAGAACAUGUAUGUACCCAUCUCAAGCCUGGUACUUCCUACAGACUGAAGGUUUCAUGUGUUGGUAGAGGGGGACAAAGUCAGGCAUCUGAUGUACUCACUGUUCAGACCUCAGCUGUUCCCCCUGGGCCGUGCCAUCCUCCAUGCCUGGUUGGCAGAGCCAAGCCUAAGGAUCUCACUCUGCAGUGGGAUCCUCCUUCAGCAGAUGGGGGCGCAGAGGUAUCGGAGUACAUUCUAGAAAUGGCAAACAGUGACCAAGAAGAACGCCGGCAAGCCUACCAUGGCCAGGCUUUAGAAUGCACCGUGAAUGGUCUCCUUCCUGGGCGAACAUACUGCUUCUGGAUACGGGCAGCCAACAAAGCAGGGCUCGGCCCUUACUCAGAAAAGGCAGAGAUCUCCACAGCUCCAGGGCCCCCAGAUCCAUGCUCCGUCCCCCUCUUAACUUGCAAAACUGCUACUUGUAUAGUAGCUGCAUGGGAGAGUCCACCAUGUAAUGGGGCAGAAAUUAGUGAAUACAGACUGGAAUGGGGCCAAAUGGAUGGAUCUAUGCAUGUAAUCUAUGCUGGCCCUCUUCUGUGCUACGAAGUGAAGGGACUUACCCCUGCAACUACAUAUUAUUGCAGAGUACAGGCUGUGAAUCUCGCUGGUGCUGGAUUAUUUGGGGAAAUCAGCACAGUGACAACCCCAGCUUCAGUGCCGGCUGCGGUGGCAGUAUUGAACCUGCUUGAAGAAGACCAGUUGGAAACCCCUCUUCCCCUCUCCACGUGCCUUGCUCUUCACUGGGAAGAGCCUUGUUGCCAUGGGGCAGAGAUUGUCGGCUACCACAUAGAGUAUGGGGAGAAACAAGUCUUAACGGUCAACAGAGUCACAAGCCAUGUUCUGGAGAACCUGCAACCUGACACUUUAUACAGAAUCCGAAUUCAGGCCUUCAACAGUCUUGGAACUGGUCCUUUCAGUCCAUCCAUUAAAACGAAAACCAAGCCUUUGCCUCCAGAUCCUCCACAUUUGGAAUGUGUGGUCUUCAGUUACCAGAGCCUUAAGCUGAAGUGGGGUGAAGGUCCUAGCAGAGCUUUAAUUGCCAAUCCCACCCAGUUCAAUUUACAGAUGGAAGACAGGCUUGGCAGAUUCAUCACUGUCUAUAGUGGACCUUGCCACACCUAUAAAGUGCAACGGCUUAGUGAGUCUACAACGUAUUAUUUUAAAAUCCAGGCGUGCAACGAUGCAGGUGAAGGGGACUUUUCCGAAGUUUAUGCAUUUGCCACCACCAAAUCACCACCACCUGCCAUGAAAGCACCCAAAGUCCAUCAGCUGGGAGACAAUGCCUGCGAGGUCACCUGGGAGCCUCUACAGCCAAUGAAGGGCGAUGCCAUUGUUUACAUAUUGCAGCUUGCCACUGGGAGGGAAGUGGAUCAGCUCUACAAGGGACCAGAGACUUCCUUCCGCAUCCCCAGCGUGCAAACGAACUGUGAAUAUCGAUUCAGGGUGUGCGCGGGGCGCCAAUAUCAGGACUCCACUGGAUGGCAAGAACUCUAUGGCCCAUAUAGCCCAAGCACCACCUUCUCAUCUCAGAAACAGGAGCUGCUUUCGCAGUGUUCAGACCCAGGUCCUGAACUCCUGAAAAGCAAGCGGAAGGCGCUCAGCGAUGAACAGUUUGCGUUUCUGCUUCUUAUAAUCUUUGCAACGGUUGCCAUUUUGUUUGCUGUUAUCAUUCAGUACUUUGUGAUCAAGUAAGUCGGUGGCCAUGAGAAGUGACUUCCUUACUCAGCUUAUAAUUUUUCAUAUGGAAGUUUUACGCCUUGGGUAUUUAUGUAAAUUCCAAUUAAAAUGCUAGCUGGGAAUGAUGGUAUAAGACACACAUUUCCAUUUUUGCUGCUGACUAACAGGUUGGAUGGACAGAACUCCUCCUCCUCCUCCCCCACCCCACUCUUCCGUGGAGAAGCUGGGGGGGGAGGAGGCAGGGCAGCUGGAAGUGAAGAACAUCCCUAUUACAGCACAGUGGUGCAUCUUCUAAUCAGGGUGAGCUGUUCAAAACAGCCAAAAAAAACCUGCCUUAAUUCUCAGAGUUUGACUUAAUUCUCACAGUAAGACCUGAAUUCUCAAGUACGGCAAGGAGAGGAGCAAGGAGGGAGGGCGGGAGACACGCCUGCUGCUCCAGCGUUGGGGACGUGGUGGGAUGCAGCAGCAGAGAUGCUCGUGCUGAAGACAAGACUGUAGGACGCGGCUAAAGUACACCACCUCUGAUAAGCUGUAGAUAAAAAUCCAACCCAGAUGUUAUCCAGAUUGACUUCUAGCAACAGCGCAAUGUUAAUUUUUCCAGUUCUUUUAACUGGGAGGGUUCCUGGAGGCCCCCAUCCCUUCCAGAGCCCAGGGCAGCAGCAGGGGUCUGCGUUUGAGUUUUUAAUCCAUUGUGUUCAAGGCAUCACAUUUACCUACGCACAGAGGGAUUUGCGUUGGUCUGAAAUGUGGCAAGAGGCUCCCCCCUUCUAGAAACUGUACAUUUCUGAUUGAAAUGCUUCCUCUUGUUGGUAAACGGUUGGCCCAACUCACCGUCUGCUCUCAGUGCCUGAGAGACUAGGAACGCCCUGUGCUUCUAACUUAAACCGCUGCAGCGCUGGUUUCCUUUGUUUUCCGAGGAAAAGCACAGAAUUUUUUUGUCUUUGAUGAGAACAAAAAAAAAAGUGCAUUUAUGAUAAAUGUUUCACUAUUUGGCUCAAACUGAGCAAAAUGUUUUUGUACUAUUCUUAACGUGAAAUUAAAAAUCAACUCUGGGGGAUCUUUCUGUUCGGUUUGUGUCCUGGGGUGCCCUUCUAACGUCAUCCAGCUGAUCAAGUCACAUGUGAAAAUUACUUUUUCCCCCCCUUUCCGCCCCCCAAAGUUAGGUCUAAGUUUUAACGUAAUCGUCGCCUCUCUCGUAGCAGUUUCGUGUUCCGCGGUUUUGUCUUGUGAUUCAAGCCUUUUCAGUUCGUGAUGGAAAUUUCAGUAACAUCUCCGGCUUUGGGUUCAGUUGUGUUUUGUUUCAUUUGUUUGUUUGGGGGGCGGGUGGGAGGGCGAAUAUCAUGCACUACAGAGGGCCUGUUCUUUGUAAUGCCCUCGCAGCAAGUACCUGUAAAAUAAAAGUAAUUGAACCUUGUCUUUACAGUCAUGCUACUCUGAAAGCUGGAAACCACCCAUUUUGUUCUUUGGAAGAAGAGGAAACUCAAAAAGACUAGGCAUUUUGUUGAGUUUUACAUACUGGUAGGGAGUGAAAAACUAAACUUUACGAAACAUCCGAAUGCUUGUACUUGUAUAUGGGACAGUGGACGUAACUUGUAAACUCAUUUUUAGCUUGAAACUGUCUGUUUCCAAACAGUAGAACUGGCUGUUAAUUCAUCAUGAUAGCUUAUGGUUUGUGGCAUUGUGUUUGCAUUUCACACCUGAGGGAAAACACACACACACACACACACACACACACGUAAAUGAUAUCAUAUCACUUACUAUCUUAAAAGUAGAUUUAUGGUGCAAUCUGAAAUUUAUCUUUUUUUCCCCCCCAAAAAAUGUACUCUCCUCUUUUAUGUGAUCUAUUUAUUUUGAUUUAAAAAAAUUCUGGAAAAUGUAUGUUUGAAUGUAUUGUUCUACUUGUAGCAGAACUUUUAAGUUAAUCAUUUAUUGUAAUGGAAGCCUCUGCUCAGUGUUGAAAAGAGUUUUAUACAAAUGUUUGUGUCUUUAGUUUGCAGGAAUGUUUACAACCUGUUCUCCUUCGUUUCCUUUCAUACUUCACUUUUUUAUAAAAUAAAAAUAGAUUUGUCUUCAGCAGAUUUCUGUUGCGAAAGUGAUAAAAAAAAAAAAGUGGGGAGGGAAAAUCUCACUGAAUUGGCAAUAGUGUGAGAGAGACAUUUUUUAAAUUAGGUUUUCUGAAUAAAAUACUAACCAAAAUUAUGACUUCCUAGAAAGUUAAAUCUUUAAUUUGUAUUUGUAAUUGCCACAAAAUGUUUAUAUUUCCAGGAAGUUUACUGGAAAGCAUAAUGUAGAAUUUUAUAUUUACAGCUAUACAUUCCAGAUUGAUGUACCUAGUGGCAUUAAUGUAUUAGAUCUCCUUUUCUCUCGUAUUGUAAUUUUUGCUGUAUUUCAUACUUAUGUUAAACCUGCCAGGCAUCGUAUUACUAAAUUGUAACUAUCAAAUAGAUAAUAUAUUUAAUAUGGCCAAUAAAAAUAAAAAUUGUUCACAUUUGGGA